AUGAGACGCAGUUUUACCACAAUGGUAGCAGCACUUGCUAAACGCAACAAAGCGGAUUCACAAAAUACUCUGAAGUUUCUAGCGCAUGCGAAUAAAUCCACCACAAUAUCCUCUCUUUUUGAAAAACCAGGAACUGAUGCCGUACAUGUUCAGAAAGUGGUCGAUCUGUUGAACAAUGAGCUUCCGGACGGAGAAAAGCACCGAAAACGAGUAGACGCUCAUUACGACAUCCUUAUGUCUCGUUUGAAACAAGUGGUAGAAAGGUCGAUCGCUCAAACGGGCGUGGAGGACAUGGUUUCGAAGUCACAACAUUUAAGCACUCCGGACAGAAUUGGCAAGUGCAGUUCUAGUGAGCAAUUGUACGCUCUACUACUCGAGCUACAGGUGAGCAGCAAGCUCAGUACGGCUGCCCUGACCAAGAUAAUCAUGAACCGGAAUUUCUCGCAUUUAAACCAGGUUCGUGAGAACCUGCCAGGUUUCAGUCAUGAACUUGAACUCGCUGCUAUGCUGGCAUACAGACUGCGAGGACAAGAAGCAGCUACUUUAUACAAUGAUUACACUGAGCGGUGGACCUCGAAAUGGCAUGAUUUGGCGCCCGUAGCUCGAAAACUGAUAUGGAAAUGUGAUCACCGAGUUUCGGGCGUAUCCGGUGUCUUCGAGCGGUCUGCCAAAAUCGGAGGCUGGAAUGCGUCCGAUCUCGUCGGUCUCUACCAGGCACUUUACUCUGUAGCGCAUCAAUUGCCUCAUCCGCACAAUAGUCAGCUCACCAAGGUACAAAACUUAUUCGUGGAGUCACUGAGGGCACUUUCGCUCCACAGGUCACAUUCAGGCGACGCAAACAAGAGGUGUUUGGCUGCAGUGAGAGCCAGCGUUGAAAAUAGAAUAUCGUACGAUUCAGUGGAGGACACCGGAACGUCAGUGUAUCAAUAUCGCUUCCUGCGACAACUUGAUGAGCUCUUACAGCUUUCCGCACGCGACCCCGAUGUGUCUGAAGAAGCACGACUGGCGCUGACACGAGUGCUGAGCUCCUUACAUCGCGAAGAAGAGGUGGCUCGGUCUCAGAUGGUAGUCAAAUUUAUAUAA